AUGGGUUGCUGUGGUUGUGGAGGCUGUGGCAGCUGUGGCUGUGGUGGCUGUGGCUGUGGCAGCUGUGGCUGUGGUGGCUGUGGCAGCUGUGGUGGCUGCUGUGGUGGCUGCAACAGCUGCACCACCUACAGGUGCUACAGGUGCUGUGGUGGCUGCGGCGGCUGCUGCGGCUGCUGUGGCUGCUGCUGCUGCAAACCUGUGGUUGUCUGCUGCUGCCGCCGCAGCUGCUGCCGCUCCUGUGGCUGUGGUGGCUGUGGCUUUGAAAUGGGUAAGGUCAGUGUUCCAGGGCUCAUCCACAGCCUGGAGUGUGCCGUAGGGCACUGA